CUCUUUUGACCUCUGCUUUCCGAGGAAGAAGACACGCCAGUAGAACUCUCCGUUCUAGAAAUACUACCAAAGAUGGCAACAAAGGCCGAGAUCGCCAUUCCGCAGUCCGCAGAAGAUAUCGCCCCCUCCUGGGUGCAGUCGGUACUGCAGAAAGACCUCACAGGCAUCACCAUCACAGACGUCGAUGUCAAAGGUUCCAUCAACCAAGGCGAGGGGUUCAUGAGCGACAUCAUCGCUUUUGAUGCCGUGGGGAUCAGGAACGGUACCAGUCAGCGCUACAGUCUUGUCGCUAAGCUGACAGACUUCAAGCGGCCAUUUACAAUAUUAAAAGAGUGCCCAAAGGACUUUCACAUCAAACUCGAGUUGACAGAAGUCAAGUUUUACUCCGAAGCGGUCCCGGAGCUCCUAUCUGUGGCCAUCCCAGGCACAGAACGCGAAUCUAAGCCAGGGAAGGAAGAUCACCCUCCGACUGAUUCCUUGUUCCUCCCAAAAUGCUACUUCGCCGCCACCGAUCCAAACUCCAUGGUGUCCGUCAGGGUUAUGGAGAACCUGAAAUCUCAGGGCUUCUCCAUCAAACCCAACCGCCAGCCGCUGAGCCGUGCUGAGAUGAUGCUUGUUGCCGGGGCCCUGGCGCAGCUGCACGGCCUGUCACAUCUACUGGAGCUCCGGUCAGGCAAACCCCUUCCCGAGAAGUACGACUGGAUCUUGUCUCGCUCAGAUAUUGAGGGUAUGAGGGGUACGUUAAGCUACCAGUAUCAGACUGCUGUGAAGGAGUUCGCCACAGCUUUUCCAGACCAGGCAGACCUUACAGCUCGUUUGGAGAAGUUAGACCCCUAUCGCGAGAUAUUAAAGUUAGCUGAGGGCCCGAGGCUUAAGGUCAUUUGCCAUGUGGGCAGUUGGGUCAAUAACAUCAUGAUUAAGGUGAGACAUGGCAGGGUUUUUUUUUACUUUCUUGAUAAAAUGUAA